AUUGAAUUGUCCGGGUGUUUUAAGGCCUGGGACUGAAGCGCGUUUGGUUUCGUUUGAGUCCAUUUUGGAUCCACGUUUGUUCGGCGUUAUUAAGUCUUUACUGUUAUUGUGUUUGCGCUUGCCGACUUUAACGCUAAAACGUUUUGUUAUUCUCUCCCCCAAAUCAUCAAGGAGGGUUUUUUGGAUCUGUUCUUUUCGCGUUUUUCAUCCCUCAUCAGCAAAUCGUGCUCAAGCCUACUGACGAUUAGACGUUCCAGAAUAUUCAUUGCCAGCCAAGAUUAGCUCUGUGAUGUUGAGGUUGCUCGCUGUGUUUGUGUCCACUGUCUUAACUGGCGUGUUUCCGGAUGAACAUAGUCAUGUAUAUGAUGUUGCAGAAGAAGUGGUUCUAUGGAUGAACACUAUUGGACCAUAUCAUAAUCGUCAAGAAACUUACGGAUACUUUACCUUGCCUUUUUGCCGUGGACCUAAAAUUUCAAUUGAACAUACCCAUGAAACUUUGGGUGAAGCUUUACAGGGGACAGAACUUCAAUAUAGCGGGAUAGAUAUUCGAUUUAAAAUUAACAAACCUAAAUCAACGAUGUGUGAAGUUGAUGUCAAUUCAGAUGCUUACAUAGCUUUUAGUAAAGCUGUUGAGCAACAAUAUUGGUAUCAAAUGUAUUUGGAUGAUCUACCGAUUUGGGCUGUUGUUGGGGAGGUAAGCAAAGACGGUCAUCCUAGUAUUUGGACUCAUAAAGAACUGGAAAUCGGAUAUAAUGAGAAUCAAAUAGUUUUUGUCAAUUUAAUCAACGGUGACUUGACUCCUUUAAAACUGAACACCAAAAUUACAUUCUCGUAUAAGGUUAGAUGGGUUCCAUCAGAGAUAGACUUUGCUGAUCGAUUUGAUAAGUAUUUGGAUUACGAAUUCUUUGGACACAAGAUUCAUUGGUUUUCAAUCUUUAAUUCAUUUAUGAUGGUAUUGUUCCUUGUCGCAUUGGUCUGCAUGAUUUUAAUGCGAACAUUACGGCGUGAUUAUGCAAGAUAUAAUAAAGAAGAUGGUCUAAGCGAUUUGGAUCGUGAACUAGGCGAUGAAUACGGUUGGAAACAGGUGCAUGGAGAUGUUUUCCGCUCACCGCCUCAUUCAUCUUUAUUAGCUAGUUUAGUUGGAACAGGGAUUCAUAUUGCCGUGGUCUCAUCCAUAGUAUUAUUUUUGGCACUAACUAAUAAAUUAUACACCGAACGUGGAAGUUUCAUUUCUACUGCCAUAUUUGUUUUCGCUUCUACUUCACCGGUAAAUGGAUUGGUUGGUGGCAGUCUAUAUGCACGCAUGUCUGGCAAACGCUGGAUUCGUCAAUUCCUUAUGGGUGCUACGUUAUUGCCUUUUCUAAUAUGUUGUUUCACUUUUCUGGUAGAUCUUGUUGCUAUAUACUACCGUACAAGUCGGUCUAUCCCAUUCUUCACAAUGCUCUCCAUCACUUCCAUUAUCUUAUUCGUAGUCAUUCCAUUAAAUUUAGUCGGUACUGUGUUAGGCCGUAAUUUAUUUGGUUUAGCGAAUUUUCCAUGUCGAGUGAAUCCUGUUCCCAAAGCAAUACCGGAAAAGAAAUGGUUUAUGGAACCGUCAUUUCUCAUUAUUGCAAGUGGACUAUUACCGUUUGGAUCAAUUUUUAUUGAAUUAUAUUUUGUCUUCACAUCAUUUUGGGCGUAUAAAAUUUACUUUGUUUUUGGCUUCACUUUGCUUGUUUUAUUUCUUCUAAUUGCUGUGACAACAUCUGUUACUGUUGUGGGCACCUAUUUCUUGUUGAAUUCUGAGGAUUAUCGUUGGCAAUGGACAAGUUUUCUUUCUGGUGCAUCGAUCACGUUUUAUGCAUAUUUAUAUUCGAUUUACUACUACUUCUUCAAAACCAAAAUGUUUGGUCUAUUUCAAACUACUUUCUAUUUCGGUUAUAUGGCAUUGUUUUGCCUAUGUAUAGGGUUACUUUGUGGACUCUGGAUUCUGCUACUCUGACCUGCCUCAAAUUAGUUAUGACCUUUUCAACUUCGAUAAAAUUUGGGGAACUUGUCAGUCAGUCAGUCAGUCAGUCAGUCAGUCAUGAGGUAGAACCAGCUACGUAAGUACAUCAGUUCAAGUUGUCAUACCCCAGUAGCACAGAGGUAUGGAAUUGUCAGGCCAAAUCACAGAAUAGUAGAGGUAGUAAGUAUCAGUGGUAAUGGGGAAGAAUGGGCAUCGAAGAUACUAUUCGAAAAAAAUAUAUAAUUUAGUGAAGCAAAAUCAAAAAAGGUUACGGUGAAUUUAGGGGAAGAUAUAGAACGAAUGCACUGCGCCACUUCAAACGAUUUCGAGCCGUGUCUUCCAAAGUCUUUAACCAUUGGUUACGAUAAUCACGCGGACCCUAACCAGGUUAUCUAUACUUUUUAACAUGGGUCAGUCCAAUUGUCUGUGACUUCAUGGACCAAUGCUAUGUUUUGGUUAGGCUGCCACUAAAUUUCUUCCGGUCUACUCCUACACUAGAAAACAUCGCCCGUUGAAGUAAGCAGACAAUAAGCAUACGUAACAUGCGUCCCAACCGCCUCAAUUGAUGAAUACUUACUACCUCAUCAAUCGGUCUGUUAUUACUACAUAGUACUAUAUCCCUUACACAGUUAUUACUCAUUAUGUGCUGCAUGUGCUGGUGUUGUCAAUGUAAUUUGUAAACUUUUCAGCUGCAGAUGUUUAUUAUGUUUUUUUCAUGUAACAUUUAUUAUUCAGGGCGCUGUGUUGUAGAGAAGUGAUAUUGAUUUUGUUUGUGGUUGAUCUGAGUGGAACAUAACCGACAAGUUCACGACUGUUAGGUAUAUAAUAAAGUAUAUAUGGUGUCUCCAUUCGGUUUGUAUUCAUUUAUUUUCUUAUUCACUCGCACUUCAUCUUUUGUGAAUAUUUACAUAUGUUAGUGUUGUUUGUGAGUGUUAACUUAUGAUCAUCGUGGAAAAUUUGUUUUCUCUAAAAAUUAUCUGAAUCUGUGGUUAAUUAUAGAUGCUUAAUCUGGCUUACGUAUAAAGUGAUAUAUAUUCAUAUAUAUAUGCCAAUCCGUUUUUCUAUAUGUUUACUUUCUAAUAUAACCAGCUGUGCAUGAAAACUUAAACAAUUAUCUCUCUCUUUUUCAAGGUUCAGUUGGAUACAUUGCUGCUAAUAGAUUCGUUCGUAAAAUAUACUCGGUUGUCAAGGUGGAUUGAAAUGCCUAAUCAUGACCAGAUAUUGUUCCUCUUUGUUUUUGUAUGAAAUUCUUAAGCUGUGAUUAUUGUCAACGUUUUUUCCUCUUCCUCACCUUCUGUACUUUGUGUAUGUUUUUUCCACUAUUCUGUGUGACUUCGAUUUUGGUGUAAGUUGUUUGGGGAUUUUUAUCUAUGGUCAGUAUUUUAUUUCUUAAAUUAGCUUUGUUCAUAUAAGCACACGUCAACAAUUCAUUUGUGUUUGAGGAAUUCAGUUUUUAUUCUUACAUUACCAUUAAUUAUAAUUACGUUUCGUUAUAGUUUUUGAUUUUUUUCUCUUCACUCAUAGUUUUCACUGUUUCUAGGUUGCUUCCUGUCAAAUGUAGCGAACUGUACUUUGUUACCCAUUGUGAACAGUGACAUGAUAUAAAGAGUAAUUUGUAUCCAUCCUUUUAUUGUCACAUAGUAUGUUUAUCUUGAUAAAUAGCUUCACAUGUGAGUGAUAUUCUAAAAUGAUUAGAAGUAGUCGAAUUGAUGUGCUGACUAAGAACUCCCCAAAUAACCCAAUCUAUGACAAGUUAAGAUAGA